UUAGUGUCUGCACGACAACAACAAAAACAUAAUUAAAUACAUGUAAUAUUGCCCUUAAAACGUUCAAUUGAAAUACUGUAGAAUUCCAUCCAUUCCUUCUGGGGAGUGCCAAUGGCUUCAAAGCCUCUCAUUGGCCAAUACAUAGAAAAUGCAAUCGAUGGGCCAUAUACAUCAAUGGGGAUGAAAGUAUUUGUGGAUAGCAAAUUAAUAGUGUUAUUAUUUGACAUUUUCAGGAUGGGAAAAACUAUUUCAGUGGCAACAUAAACGACUAAAACCAAAUAGAAAGUAUGUAGAAAAUAUAUGUAAACAGUCAGGCUGUUAGUAUAAUUUUAUUAUGCCAAUGUGCUUUCAUCAAUUGAAAGCCCUUCAUCUAUUUUAUGAGAAUUUGUAAGAUUUCUUGUUUGCAUAAAAUAGACGCAGACCAGUCUUUAAAUAAUAGGUAAUAGAAUUUAUUCUCGAAGCGCGCUACCACUCAAACACAUGCAUCAGUUUAAAUACAGAUCAUGACGUCAUUUCACUGCCUUAACCGAACCCCCUCCUCUCGACAGGACAAAGUAAGGUGAAAAGUUCAUUCUAACUUACUAACACACUCCCAGAUAACUUUUGACCCCUCAACAUUAUCGAUCACCACUGAACUGACCGUUUUAAUUAACAGAAACCCUAGGAAUGCACUCACUGCCUUAUCUAAAAAACCCAGAGCUAAGUUUCAGGUUGGGUCAACCAUAGCCUAACGACCUUAUGUGUUUACACAGUCCACAACUCAUUUGUUCCUGCCCAGUUGGAAUGGUGUUCUUUAACUUUUUAUUACUCCUUGUCCUGUCACACAAUUUCUUCUUAUGAACUCAUAUUGUCUAUUAAACAUACAGAGUAUAAGUUUACCUAGAUACAAUUCUAUUUAAAAUGGGGAUAUUGUUUAUUCAUUUAUCCAUAAUAAAUCCAUAAUAAAUUCAACACAGGCCCCCAUUGUUUUUGUUAUAAUGAUUAAUCAUAAGAACACAGCAUUAGUCAUGUUAAAAUGUAGCAUUUUCGGAAAUUUGAUUAAAAACUGAAAAAUUCCCCUCGCGUUCCAUGACUGCGAAAUGCGCGUCCCCGACAGCGGAAGUUGCAGACAGAGCCUGUCCGGCUGUGGUUUGGUAAACCGGUGAAAAAAGAUAACCGUGGUGGAGCGGAAAAAUUGCUUUUACGUGGAAUAAAACAGCUAUAUGCCCUGUAGGUGACUCCUCCAGACCCCAGAGUGAGGAUUGUGUGUGACAAUGGGGGACAUCAGUGAUCUGGACAGACGGAUAGAACAACUUAAGCGUUGUGAACUCAUCAAGGAAAAUGAAGUCAAAGCACUGUGUGCCAAGGCCAGAAUCUCCCUGUAACACAGAGGGUGGAUUCUCCAGUUACUACCGACUCAGAUUAAGUCUGAGGCCGGUAACAUCAACAGUGAAGACAAACCAAUCCUGUCACUCUCCUUCCACACUAAGUUGAAACCUACAGUCACUGGGUCCUGAUAGUGACAGUGGAGCCCAGUUUGCACCGUAGGAUCCAGAGAUGGCAUCAGUGAAGCUGGAAGACUGCAGUCAAACACUGGAGCUGAAUGUCAACAUUAAAGAUGAAGAGGAGGAGAACAUUAGGACAACUGUUAGUCAUGGAGACCAUGUUGAGACAUUCUCUACAUCCAGAGAGCAACAGCAGGAAGAUCAUAGAGCUAAGAGGUCUCAUCACUGCCCACAUUGUGAAAAGAUUUUCCCAUUUCUAUCAAAGCUAAAAAUACACCUAAAAAUACACACAGGAGAGAAGCCUUUCUCCUGCUCUGACUGUGGAAAAUGCUUCAAAACAUCAACGGUGCUAAAACUUCAUCAGAGAACACACUCAGGAGAGAAGCCUUUCUUCUGCCCUGUCUGUGGAACGAGUUUCUCUCAACUUUCCCACUUAAAAUCACAUGAACGUAUACAUACAGGGGAGAAGCCUUACUCCUGCUCUGACUGUGGGAAAUGUUUUAAAACAUCAAAUGACCUAAAAGCUCAUCAGAGAACACACACAGGAGAGAAGCCUUUCUUCUGCCCUGACUGUGGAACUAGUUUCUGUCAAAUUUCCCACUUAAAAGCACAUGAACGUAUACAUACAGGUGAAAAGCCUUAUGUCUGCUCUGACUGUGGGGUGAGUUUCUCUCAUCUGGGCACCUUAAAAACACACCAACGUAUACACACAGGAGAGAAGCCUUACUCCUGCGCUGACUGUGGAAAAUGCUUCACAACAUCAACUGAUCUAAAAGUUCAUCAGAGAACACACACAGGAGAGAAGCCUUAUUUCUGCUCUGACUGUGGGGCGAGUUUCUCUCAUCUGGGCACCUUAAAAACACACCAACUUAUACACACCGGAGAGAAGCCUUACUCCUGCUCUGACUGUGGAAAGUGCUACACAACAUCAACUGAUCUAAAAGUUCAUCAGAGAACACACACAGGAGAGAAGCCUUAUUCUUGCUCUGACUGUGGAAAAUGUUUUAAAACAUCAAAAGAGCUAAAAGUUCACCAGAGAACACACACAGGAGAGAAGCCUUUCUUCUGCCCUGACUGUGUAAAAUGUUUUAAAACAUCAACUCAGCUCAAAGUUCAUCAGAGAACACACACAGGAGAUAAGCCUUACGUCUGCUCUGACUGGAACUAGUUUCUUGGAACUUUCCAACUUAAAAUCACAUGAACAUAUAUCUAUGGAUUUCAUAUUACUGGGCAGGGGCUCAGCCAUGGGUGGGACUUGGGAGGGCAUAUAGGCCCACUUGGAGCCAUGCCCAGCCAAUAAGAAUUAGUUUUUCCCCACAAAGGUCUUGAUUACAGACAGAAAUACUACUCAGCCCCCCUCAGACAAUCCUGCGGGUGAAGAGGUCCUGGGCUGCCGUGGUUACAUGUGAUCUGCAGUUGUGAGGCCUGUUGGAUGUACUGCCAAAUUCUCUAAAAGGACGUUAGAGGUGGCUUAUGGGAGAGAGAUAAAUAUUGAAUUCUCUCCUGCAGUCAUCAUGACAAUUGCACAUUCCCUGAACUUGGGACAUUAUGUUGUGUGGCCUUUUAAUGUCCCCCCAGCACAGGGUGCACCUGUGUAAUGAUAAUGCUGUUUUAUCAGCAUCUUGAUAUGCCACACCCGUCAGGUGGAUGGAUUAUCUUGACAAAGGCUGAAAUGCUCACGAACAGGGAUAUAAACAAAGUUGUUCACAACAUUUGAGAGAAAGUAGCCUUUUCUGCACAUGGAACAUUGCUGGAGUGUUUUAAUUCAGCUCAUGAACCAACACUUACAUGUUUAGUUUAUAUUUUAGUUCAGUUUACAUUGGUAUGCCAAUAUAAUGUAACUUAACAUACUAAAUGGAGUGGCACGGAUGUUUUUGUAAUACAUAAUACGUUUUGCUCAGAGACCAGGUUGUCCCUCUGCAGUAUUUUGUGAGAAUGAGCUAGUAGACACCAAUUUUAAAAAUGUGUUGAACCUUUAUUUAACUAGGCAAGUCCGUUAAGAACAAAUUCUUAUUUACAAUGAUGGCCUAGGAACAGUGGGUUAACUGCCUUGUUCAGGGCAGUAUAACAGAUUUUUACCUUGUCAGCUCAGGGAUUCGAUCUAGCAACCUUUUGGUUACUGGCCCGUCGCUCUAACCACUAUGCUACCUACCGCCCCCAACAUGUAUCAGAUAGAGAUGGUGUGAUGAUCACUUUUCACCAUUAGUCUGGGGGGGAUGAUUUUACAACUGUAUUUAAUGAUACACAGUUUAUGAAAUGAAUACAUGUUUAUUAAUAGUCUUUAAAACUAGAUUAGUUAUUUUAGUUACUGAUCAUGAUUGUGUUGGAUAACUGCAUUGAAGCAAACUUUAUUGAUCUGCCAAUUUAAAAAAAAAGUUACAUGAAUAUGUACUGGUCAACCUCUUCUUCUCUUUAGUAUUCAGUUCUUCAUAUUAGAUCUGACAGUAUGAAUGGUUCUUAUGGUUGUAUUCAGUUCUUCAUAUUAGAUCUGACAGUAUGAAUGGUUCUUAUGGGCUGAGUGCCUGGAGUGUUUUUGUAUGACUACAGUCAGGAGUUCUCUCUGACCCUGUGAUGUCACCAGCACAUUAAGUACAUUCAUCUUAAGAUUGCCAGGUGAGACAACCACAUAUCACAAUAAAUACAUUUCUCUUCC